GGAAAUACCAUGAAUUAUUUUCAGGUUCUGUUGAAUCUUAUACUCGUAUUCUGUUAUUGUGUAUGUGAAAAUGUGAUAGAUGUCGAUGAUUUUCUUUCCCCCGACUAUAUGCCGACCACUUUGUUGAUGUUGGAGAAUCCAACUACUAAUAAAACUGUGAAGUAUCCAAAUGCAACAACGGUUGUGACUGGAUUUGAGGGAAGUUUAGAUAAAGCUUUUAUCACAAUGGGUUAUCACAGGCAUAUGAUGAACGAAUAUUUAUGCCGAAACUAUAUAGCUGAGCAAAUAGUACAGGAUAUGUCAAUGUCCAAGAUUAACAAAAGGAUGGGUGUGAUAAGCCACGGCCCUGGCAUGAAUACUCUACAAUCUACUGAAUCCAAAUCGACACAGACUGGGCUCCUAGAGGACGAAGGAUCUUCGAAUUAUAAGGACUGGCUUUCCAAGAGCACAACUUUGGAGGAUAUAUAUAAACAUUAUGAUAUGGGGAAAAGGUCUGAUGUUGUUAAAGAGGGUGAGGUAAAGGAUGAUGAAGAAUUUGACGAGCAAGUAAUUGGUUACGGCUACACGUAUCAACCUAAACCCAGUCCGUCACCAUCGAAACUGGGACAUAGUGCGGAAGGCAUCUAUGUUCCUUCUGGGGGAGGGGGAUAUCCACAUCCACAUCCGCACCCAUCGAGCAGCGGUGCUGGGUAUUUUGGAGGGUCAAGCUUUGGGGGGCAUUCUGGUGGAGGCUCUUAUGGAGGAGGUCAUCACCCAAUCAUCCAUGAACAAGUUAUCCAUGUUCCUAAGCAUCAUCACCAUGUGAAGUACGUCGAUAAGAAAGAAGGCCUAACAGAACUUUUCGAGAUUGCUCUGACAGCUUUAGCCUUCCUUUCUUUUGGAAUGUUCAUAGUCCACGUCGUUAUGUGCAUAUCUAUGACAACUAAUACCACCACAACAGCUAUGGGAAUGAUGAUGCCCACCAAUACAGGUAACACCGAAUCAUCAACUAGUGGAAUGGAUCAAGGAGGUGGUGGAGAGCUGCCAGGUGGUGAAGGAGAUGGAAUGAUGGACAUAGCAGGGGAUAUGGCUGAUCAAAAUAUGGGUGAUGGAGCGACAGGGGGAGAAGAUGCUGGAGGUGGUGGUGAUAUGGGGGAUGGUGUUGAUAUGGGGGAGGGAGGUGAUAUAGGGGGCGGUGGUGAUGAUAUGGGAGGUGGUGGUAUGGAAGUAGAGCCAGAAGUUGGAGAUGAAAUGGGAGGAGGUGAAACUGUUGGUGAUGAUAUGGAAGGAGGCGAUACGGGCGGGGAAGAUAUGGGAGGAGAAGACAUGGGAGGGGGAGAUACGGGAGGGGAAGAUAUGGGAGGGGAAGAUAUGGGAGGGACUGAAAUGGGAGGUGAUGACGCUGGUGGAGAAGGUACUGGUGGACAAGAUAUGAUGACAGAUGAGAUGGGUACAGACGACAUUGGUGGAGAUAAUAUGGGGGGUGUUGAUAUGGGGGAUAACCCAGGGGAUAAUAAUGAGGCUGGGUCAACCGAUACAGGAGGUGAUGAUAUGGCCGAUAACGACGCCGGACUAGAUGAUUCUGGAAACGGUGAUGGAAUGACUGAUGUUGAUAACGGUGAUCAACCAGUUGAUCCAGAGGGUGGUAGUGAAAACGGCAUGAGUGGUGGUGGUGAGAAUGAAAAUGGUGAAGGAGAAAUCGGAGGAGAUGGUGGUGGUAUAAGCGAUGAUAAUUCGGAUAUUGACAGUGAAAGAAUUAAAGAUUUAUUUUUCUUGAAUGGCGAUUUUCGAUCUCAAUUAUUGCGGAAGAAAUUAUUGGAUAGACUUGGUGAUACACAAUCUAAUGAACAAAGGAGUAUGUUGAUUACGAAAAACGGUUUCUAUGAUAUCAAGACCAAAAAAGGAACUGGUACUGGUACUGGCACUGCUACUGGUACUGGAGGAGGAGGUACGUCUACAGGCGGUACAUCUACGGGUGGUACAUCGACAGGGGGAACAGCAACAGGAGGCACAUCAACUGGCGGAGGAACAGCUACAGGAAGUAGGAUACAUGAUGAUGAUGGCAUCAUAGUAGAAACGGAAGAAGCUGUCGAAGUACCCGUAGGACCAGCAUUCGAUGGAAUGGGAAGUUAUAGCAACAUGCAAUACAGAAACAGGAGGGAUGUGCCUGCAGCAAAAGUUGUAGAUCCUAAUAAUUAUGCCUUGAACGAGUUAGCUAGAAGAGUUCUUAUUUCGAUAGAGGCAGCUACAUUAGCAAAUCUCGACAAUGGAGUUUGUUUGAGAAAAACAUUAUGCGAAAACAACAGAUACUCAAGGCAAUUGGUAGAUACUAAUAAAAUUUGGAUUCCCGUUUGGAGCUUUGGGAUGAGUUGGUUGACCAGUAGGCUUGGUAUAGAUGCUCAGCCUUCUACAUCUAUGUUGGACAGUCUGAAAGCUUCGAUAUUAGGACUUGGAAAAGCAAAAUGUGAAAUACUGUACCAGAAUUGUGAUUUACAAAGAAGACGACGAAAAUCUAGAAAAAUAAUAAGAAAACCUAGCAGUUGAAUCGAUAAAGAGAAGAUUGUUAAAACCAAUAAAAGUUAUCUUUCGAAUGAUUUUUAUUUUUGCAUUGAGAGCUGGAAUGUCACAACACCUUUAACGGCUUCAGUCGCAGUCAUCUUGU